AUGGCUCACCCACAAACACCUUCUGAAAUGUCUUUACCUGGCGUUCGCUCAGUCUUUGAAACCAACGUCUUCGGUCUCAUCCAAACAACCACCGCUUUCAUCCCACUUUUGCGCAAAGCCAAACCUGGAUACGGGAAUAUCGUCCAAAACUCUAUGGAAUCCGCGUCCGGCACGUAUCAAUCAAGUAGUACAAGAUUUCUUGCCCCCUUUGCCGCCUACUGCAUGUCGAAAGCGGCGAUAAACAUGUAUUCGAUCGCGUUAGCGAAGGAGCUCAAGCAGGAUAGGAUCAAAGUCAACUGUUUAUGUCCUGGCUUUACGACGACCAAAUUGAAUGGUUAUGCACCCGGGGGAAAGACACCUGCAGAAGGAGCAAAACUGCUGAUUGAAUGGAGUCUUUUGGGUCCUGAGGAUGGUGAGAAGACAGGCAAAUACUGGAGUGCUGAUGGGGAAGUUCCUUGGUGA